GAGUGCCACCCCAGAUGGCAGAUCACCGGCCGCCCAUUCCCGAGUGCUCCGUCUGCCUCUCGCCCUAUGACAACGCUUUCAAGGUACCUCUGAAGCUGCUGCCAUGCGCCCACACCUUCUGCCUCGAGUGCCUGGCACAGCUGUGCCUCUUCAUGAAGCCCAUGCAGCUUUUGCCCUGCCCCCUGUGCAGGGCACCUGUUACCAUACCCCCUGGCGGGGCACCAGCUCUCCCAAUGGAUACCAACGUGAUCUCUCAGCUGCCUGCCCAUCAGCGGAGCCACAUCUGCAGGGUCUGGAUGGAAGGCUCCGAGCUGUGCCACUGGAGGCUGCAGCCACCGUACAACAGGCAACCGAUGGCAGAGAAUGGCACCCAGGAUGUGGUGGUCCGCAUUCAGCUGAUACACCCAACCACCAGCAUGUCUCAGCCCGCUGACCUCAUCACUGUCCGGGGUGGCAGGAUACGUCACCAGUGCCGCGAAAUGUGCCGCAGCUUCUGGUGUCUGACCUCGCUGGUCUUUGUCACUAUAGUCACCCUCUUCUCUGCCAUCUUCUUCCCAAUUUAUCUGAUUCGCUGGACCCGGUAGAAAAAAAUGAACUUAUAGUGGCACUCAACAGAUGGAAUAAAGUGGGCACCUCCUGGAGUAACCGUGCCAAUAUGGGCAGAGAGUAGGAAGGCAAGGUGACCUCACAAAAUGGGGAGCUGGCACAGCUGGAGUGGAGUUUGUAAGAUGAGAGAAAGAGAGGAGGCUCUGAACUGGGCAGACUGGGCACCUCACUGACAAUGGCUGAAGACCCUCUUCAUUACAAUGAGUGGGCACCACCUGCCAGUCAAGAAGGUAUGAGCCGCAUUAUACACUGCCAGGGAUUGUGUAGGCCAUUAUAUGUGACAGCACCCCAGGAACAAGGCAUCUGGGCACUGCCCACUCAACACCAAACGUGC